AUGGCGCUCCGCCGCAUCACCCCGCGGAGGAGGCCCGUUCUUCCCGUCCCCCGUGCCUUCUUCUCCUCGAGCCCCCUGUUCCCUCCGCCCCCGCCUCCGGCGAACGGCGACCCCGACACCGCGCAUUCCCCGUCCUCCUCUCCGCCCCCCAACCCCGGCGCGCCGCGGAACCCGUCGUCCUCGCUCUUCCAGGACAUCAAAGAUCGCCUCCGCUUGUCUCCCACGUCGCCCACUCCGACGAACCUGCCCCGCCCCAACCCCGCGCGCGGCGCUCCUUCUUCGAAACCGUCCCUUGAAGAUGUCCGCCGGAUGCUCGGGGAGUUCCGCCCAACCGGCGGCCCGCCGUCCCCCUCCGCUCCCGGAGCCGGCCCCUCCUUCAUGGACCUGCUUAAGAAGAACAGCGUCGCCCAGGGCGCCAACGCUGGGCAGAGGGUGACCGGCCUCGAUGCCAUCCGAGAGAGUCUCAAGCGCUCCCCGCCGCGGACGCCGCAUCGUCCGCCGACGCCGUUUCUGACUCCGCAGAGCAACAUCUUCAACCCAGAGCUACAGAGGAACUUGAAGGCUGUAGGUGCGGAGAAGGAAGAGAAGGACUCUACCAUUGCGCUUUUGAGGCACUACAGCUACGAAGAGCUUGGGAAGAGGCUAGGGGAGCUCCGGCCAGCGGUUGCGGCCAAAGACGGUAAGGAGUGGUUCUCGCUCAAGGAGCUGCAGGGGCGGAUUGCCAGGCUGGCGGAGUUGGAGAAGCAGGAGAACCGGCUUUCCGGGCAACUUUCGGAAAUCAAGAAUUGCAUUGGGAACCUGAACAAACAAGAAAAACCGGCUCUGCCAUUAAACAUACCUUCACUGCUGAACCUUGGCGGUCAGCUGACGCUAGACUACAUGAGUCGGCCUCCGCAGGAGGAGUUGUUAGAGAAGUACUUCCAUCCAGAUCAUAUGUCAUCCGAAGAGAAGAUGAAAUUGGAGCUCCAAAGGGUGAGGGAUGAGUUCAAGAUGUCCGAGAAUGACUGUGGGUCUGCACGAGUUCAAAUUGCCCAACUGACUCUGAAAAUCAAGCAUCUGUCAGCUGUUCUCCACAAGAAGGAUAAACAUUCUAGAAAGGGGCUUCAGGAGAUGGUCCAAAAGAGGAAGAAAUACCUGAAAUACUUGCGAAGAACCGACUGGGAUUCGUACUGUCUUGUUCUGUCAAAGCUGGGGCUCCGCGAUGUGCCCGAGUACAAAGCUCCUGACUACAAGAGCAAAGCAACCACCAAGGCCAAAUCUAAGAAGAGCAAGAGCAAGGGCAAGGGCAAGAAGAGAAAGAUGAAGGCAUAG